AUGUCGUCGGAAUAGCGUUAUUCCGACGACAUACCGGCGAUUUUUUCCCUCAGUAUGCCGCUGUUUUCUUGUAGUGUAUGGGGCACGUGCCACACCCCACUCUGCUGUGGGUCCGCCCCUGCCCCUCCCCAUGGGAAUCGAACUAGGGAUGCAAUGGAACCUACUCCAAGCACUAAACCACUAGUCCAACGCACCUUGGGUUUCCCACAACUUCCGCCUCACGCGAUCGCAGCUCUCCGCCCCCGAACGCUUUCUUUACGCCUUGCUCGGGUUCCCUCCUCACGAGCUCCCGCGCUGGCACAUUCUCUACCGAACCAACAACGACGCUUCUUUGCGGCUGCGCAGAGUCGACUCGCUCCCUCCUGUCCCUUACGGAUGCGCCGUCGUGGCUAUCGGACGUGAGAUAUACGUCAUCGGCGGAUGCGACGGCGGCCGGAGACAGGGGCGAAGCCACGUGAUAGGAAAGGGGUGCACAGGCACCCAUAAUUUUCUUAAAAAAUAAUGUAAAUGCUAUGUAAUUUUAUAUGUGCACCCAUUAGAAUUUAUAAUUGUGCACCCAUUAGAAUUUAGAUUAAAGGCAAAUGAAAAACAAAACAAACUAAAUUCCAAAAAAAAAAUAGCUUAGCCCACAAAAAAUAAAAGAAACUUUUAAAACCCAAUUAUAGUUUUCAAUUUCUUUUGCUAAAAUCAUAAAUCCCUAACUAGUAGUGACUAGUAACUAUUAACGUGACAUGCAAAAAACUUUAAUAAUAUAUUUUUAUUUCCAAAAUUUCUUUUUAAAAAUAUUUUGAUUUGUUUCCACUAGGAUCUGUAAUUAUUCAAAUAGUAUUUGAAUUUUACACAGAAGUCCUAAAGUUUUAAACAAUGACUAAUUUGACUUUAGAUAAAUUUUGUUUUUUUAUCGACGAUGAAAAAGUAAUUUAGUUAUUUAAUUACAUAUCUUUUAAUUUGUAGACUUUUGGAAUUGGUUUUGAAUUUACCUGCAGGGCUGGAUUAGAUAGAGAGGCGAGCGGUGCGACCGUCCCGGACCCAAUCCGUUGUCUUCCUAUUCCUUAAUAGAUAAGGGCCCGAUUUUUUUAUUUAAAAUACAUCUAUUCUUAUAUUAAAAAUAAGAAAAGGGGUCCAAAUUUUUUUUAUAUGAAAGUAUUUUUUUUAUUUUCAUAUAUUUAUUUUUAAAAAUAUUUCUGGUAUUUUUGAAAAAAACAUAUAUCUAUCAAUUUUUUUAAAGAAAAAUAAUAGUUUGGAAAUUAAUUUUUUUUUUUCCCAAGGGACUAUGAAUGUGAGAUAAUUUAAGUGAAUAUCUCAUUUUGAUUUACCAAAAAAUUGCUUCAAAAUAUCACAAACUAAGAAAUGAUACCUUACUUCAAGCAAUGAUUAAUUUAUAAUGUAUUAAUAUUAAUAUUUUAUUAUAUUUAUUUUCAUAUUAUUUAAUAUUUUAAUUUUAAUAUUAGUAGUGCACCCACCAUAAAAAUUAUAGACCGGAAGAUAUUCGUGAUGGGAGGGUGCGAGACUCCGUCUGCGGAUUGGGUCGAAGCGUUUGAUCUCGAGAGAAGGGUUUGGCUUAGGUGGACGUGGCCGAUGGCAUCUAACGUGAGGAUUGAUUUCGUGACGUACGCUGUGGUGAAACAGAGGAUUUACACGUUGAGUCCACGUGCGUGGUGUCACGCUUACGAUCCUAGAGAACGUACGCUAGAAACAUGGGCCGGUGGGCAUGAAUUGAGGGGUUUUUGGCAAGCAUCGUCUUGCGUGGUUGAUGGUAUGCUGUUUAACGUUGAUCCUGGGCGUUUUCUUGGGCAUUUGAUACUCGUGUUUGAUCUGAAGAAGCAAGUUUGGAGACCUGUUAAGCUUAAAGGUGCUCAUGGUUUGCCUCCUUGUGUCUAUCAUUAUGGUUACCAGUCUAGAAUGGGUAAUAUUGGUGGGAAGCUUGUGAUUUUGGUCGGUAAUCAGACCAAGUGGUGGAAUUAUGAGGGUGAGAAAAGUAUAUGGUGCGUGGAGAGAAGACGUCAAGGAGGUGAGAUUAGGGGGAAGGUUGAAUCAGUCGAUGUUGUGUUUAAAACCACCAAGUCAACGCCUACCAUUGAGCUUUUUCGAACUGUUAUCGUCUGAUGAGUACAUAUGGUUACUUUCAGGUAUGUUAUGUGUUCUGUGAUAUUGAAUAUACCCACUUUUUGAAUUUGAUGAAUUCUUAUGCUUAGAGAGACACCUUCAAGACUUGAUUAGAGUUUUUUCAUAAACUUGCAGGGGAAGGAUCUUAUAUUACAUGAGUUUGUUGAGGCAGAGUAACUUGCACACAAAACGCUAGUAGUCUUGCGAAACUUGUUGAGAUGCCUGCACUAACAGUGUCUCCAGUUCUUUCUGUUUGCUUUUGGAUAUAUGUUAUGAUAUACAGUAAAAAUAAAAAUAAAACCCCAAUCUACUUCUAAUAGACAAGAAUAUAAAAUUUCAGUUUAGAUAUGGAACGAAACAAACUGGUUUAGCAAUAAACCGGUAGCUUUGACCCAACUAGGUAACUAGAAGUCUACAAUAUGUUGAACUAUGUACAAGGAACACAACCGUCCAAAGGCUUGAAAUAGAAAACAAAGAGACUUGUGACUUGUGAGUCACGUUUAGAGAUGUUUGGGAAUUAUUUUAGGACAGGCAACUUUAGAUAAUUACGGGAAAUUUUGAAUAAUUUUUAUAUAUUUAUAUUUUAAAAUUUUAAUUUUCAAAUGGGUAAUUUUAUUAUACAACCAAUAUCCAUUACAAAACUAUCUAUAUUAUCCAUUUAAAUGAACAAAUAAUUUUGAAUGGAUAAAUAUAUUGAUAAAAAUAGAAAUGAAACUUAAAACUAGAAAAUAAUACUAGUCAGGAUGGAAAACUGUUGCGAAACAGAAGUAACAUAAAAGUAUAGAGGAAAAUAUUCAUAAAAUUGUAACGCCCCCACGACUAAUGGAUCACCCACGUUUGCUCUCUCGGCCCGUGGGCCCACCUGUUCCAACGGUUGGUGCGUAAAUUUUUCUAAGGCCCGAAAUACUUGAUUACUGAUCCUGCAAUCACCACCCGACUUUUCUUCGUGCUUUGGCCUCACUCACAAGGUAUCGCGAAUCACUUUCCGAUAGAUCACCCAUCCUUUCACUACUCCAGUCCAAGCACGCUUAACUCUGGAGUUCUAAAUGGAUGUGUGAUGGAAAAGAUAAGUCAACUUUGGUGACAUAGAUAACCAAAUCAAUUCUUUUAACCUUUUCCAUAUAUCACAACUCGGGAUGUUACAAAAAUAUUAAACAUACACAGUUUCAUUAAAAGACAUUGAUGCAUUUGGUAGAGAAGCUGUCCACAUCUCCUUUCAAAUGUGACUAAAGGGGCUCUGUCAGAAUACUUAAGGUCAUGUCUCGACAUAAGUGUCUCAUGAGGCUUUAUCCAUGUACCUCUCUCAUUAAGAGCUCUCUCACUGAUCUUUGGGGGAUGUACAAUCAUUUGUCCUUAUAAAGAACUCAUCAUGCUGAUAAAAUCUUCCAUAGGCCAUCUUGUAAGUUUUGUUGUAUACUUCUUGGAAAUCAGGAUCGGCCUUAUAGAUGUUCAUAAGGUGCUCAAACCCAUCAUCUUAGCCUCUGAAGUACUGAUCAGGGCGUGUCUUCUGAACAAGCCAUCAUCAACUAUGUUUUCCUUACUUCUUGUAUUUGAUGAUAUAUGCAUGGAAAUGUUACUAUGAACUCGAGUCAUCAUAUUGUCCCUUAUUUAUGUAUGGUUUGACCUCCUAUAUGCUUUAAAGUCUCUUGUUUAGUAUGGACAACAAAGUCUUUGGACAUAAGGUUGCCAUGUUUCUAGAUACUUUACUAAUGCAUUCAGUUCCUCGCGGUAUGUAUGAUAUAGUACAAGGAAACCCCACUAAGCUUUUCACUGAAUUAAGCCACAUGUUUUCUCCUUGAUUUAAGACACCACAUAUACAUGUGCCAGAAGCAUCACAUUCAACCUCAAAAAUUUAAUUAGUUUUGAAGUACGAAAAAAUGCACAUUAGUUAGGUUGUCUUUGAGCUUGAUGAAUGCAUCAUCUUGCGCUGACCCCCACUGAAAGUCGUGUUCUUCUUAAUCACUAAGGUAAAUUGUGCGGCUGUAGUGAUAAAGUUCCUCACAAACCUCCUAUAGGUCUGGCCAGUCCAUGAAAACUUUAAACAUGCCCAGUAGUCGUUGGUGUUGGCCAUUCUUAUAUGGAAUAUAUCUUCUCCUUAUCCACCUUGAGAGACUCUGAGAAUUUUAAACAAAGCUUACAAACAUGUAUUCCUUUAGGUUUGCACAUAGUUGUUCUAGCUGAAGUAUUUCAAGUACUUGUUAUUUUGAUGGUCA